GUUUCUGGAUGGACAUCUAGUGGCUGGAUGAUCUGCGCAUGCGCAGUGUGCAGAUAGUGCAGAACUGCAGUUGUUGGUCACAGGAGGAGGAAAGACUUGUACCGGUUAAAGAUGACAACCUCUUGGAGUGAUCGGCUUCAGAAUUAUGCAGACCUUCCUGCUAACAUGGACGGUUCAUCCGUGAAGAAGUUCAGAAGAGAGGUGCAUCAGAGCUUACCACAGGAACUGGCCCACUGUCAUCCUUCUAUGAGAGUUUUUGUCAACAGAAGUUUGGCGAUGGAGAAGAUAAAAUGCUUUGGCUUUGAUAUGGACUACACUCUAGCAGUGUAUAAGUCUCCAGAGUAUGAAUCUCUUGGCUUUGAUCUGACUGUGGAAAGACUGGUUUCCAUUGGUUACCCACAAGAGCUGCUAAACUUUGUCUAUGACCCUGCUUUUCCCACAAGAGGCUUGGUGUUUGAUACGAUGUAUGGAAACCUGCUGAAAGUAGAUGCGUAUGGAAACAUCCUUGUGUGCGCUCAUGGUUUUAACUUCCUGCGUGGUCCAGAGAUAAGAGAGCUGUACCCAAACAAGUUCAUUCAGCGUGGAGAUACAGAGCGAUUCUACAUCCUCAACACACUUUUCAACCUCCCAGAGACUUACCUCUUUGCCUGCCUGGUUGACUUCUUCACUAGUUGCUCCAGAUAUACAAGUUGUGAAACGGGCUUUAAAGAUGGAGAUCUUUUCAUGUCCUUCAAGAGCAUGUUUCAGGAUGUCAGAGAUGCUGUGGAUUGGGUCCAUUUCAAGGGCUCACUAAAAGAGAAAACGGUUGAAAAUAUGGAGAAAUAUGUGGUGAAGGAUGCCAAAUUACCGUUGCUUCUAAGCCGAAUGAAUGAAGUUGACAAAGUGUUCCUUGUUACCAACAGCGACUACAAGUACACAGAUAAAAUCAUGACAUAUUUGUUUGAUUUUCCUCAUGGUCCAAAAGCUGGUACGCCUCAUCGGCCCUGGCAGUCCUACUUUGACCUUAUUGUGGUGGAUGCCAGGAAGCCAGUGUUCUUCGGGGAGGGCACAGUCCUGAGACAGGUGGACACGACUACUGGGAAACUGAAGAUCGGAACAUAUACAGGUCCCUUGCAGCAUGGCAUAGUGUAUUCUGGUGGUUCUUCAGACAUAGUUUGUGACCUGCUAGGAGCAAAAGGAAAGGACAUCUUGUACAUCGGUGACCACAUCUUUGGAGACAUCCUGAAGUCUAAGAAGCGUCAGGGCUGGAGAACGUUCCUGGUGAUUCCUGAGCUGGCUCAGGAGCUGCACGUCUGGACCGACAAGAGCAUGCUGUUUGAGGAACUACAGAGCCUGGACAUUUUCCUGGCAGAGCUCUAUAAGCAUUUGGACAGCAGCAGCAAUGAGAGACCUGAUAUCAGCACUCUUCAGAGGAGGAUUAAGAAAGUUACUCAUGACAUGGACAUGUGCUAUGGAAUGAUGGGAAGUCUGUUCCGCAGCGGUUCUCGUCAGACUCUCUUUGCCUCUCAAGUGAUGCGUUAUGCUGACCUAUACGCUGCGUCCUUCAUCAAUCUCCUGUACUACCCUUUCAGCUACCUGUUCAGAGCCGCCCACGUCCUGAUGCCUCACGAGUCCACCGUAGAGCACACUCACGUGGACAUCAAUGACAAAGAGUCGCCCAUGGCCACACGCAACCGCCGCUCUAUCGACUUCAGAGACCAUGAGUGCAAGAGACACCAGCUGACCCGCUCCAUAAGCGAGAUCAAUCCUCCACACCUCUUCCCCCUGACGCCACAGGAGAUCACGCACUGCCACGAUGAGGAUGACGAUGAGGAGGAGGAGGAGGAGGAGGAGGAAGAAUAAGCCUGUGGCAUUGCCGUUAACUGGAAUUGGGUUUUUACAGAUGUGUCUGCGGUUUAAAUAAGUAUAAUCAUUGCAUUCACACUCAGCCAUAUAUUUUCUAGAGAUAUAAAAGAGGAUGUUUAUUUCUUUCAAAGCAUAUUACUUAUUUUAGAGUUUAAGGUCUGAUGAGAGUAUGAAGCUAGAGCUAGGUUUUGAUAGUUCAAGCUUCUUAUUUUUUAAUGAGGCUUACAGAUGGCAUCACUUUAAAACAUGGAAAUGUUAACAGGAGGGAGAAAAGAUGCCUGUUUAAACUGAAUUACAGAAUCAGUUACAAUGAUAUUUGCAUGACAUUGAGGAACCAAAUAACAGUUACUAGGUACGUCAUUGACUUAAGCUUGAGGAAAAUGCAUGAACACUUAUUUUGUGGCUCCAUGAAGUAUUAACUUGCCUUCAGAAUUUGGAUAAGAGCCAUGUAUAGCAUGCUGGGAAAUGUCACACCAACAAUGCAGCUUGCUCGGUAUCUGUCUGACUGCCUGUUAAGUGCUUUAACAUCGCCGCCAUCUUUUCAAAACUGGACGUAUGCAAAUUAGUGUCAUAUAAUUGGGUGAAAAAUGGAACAUGCCAUUUUAUGCAGAGGUCAGAUACAGGGUUUCAGGUUACUAGAUACUGAAAUGUAGUAACGGUUUGGGAGAUGACGUCAACUCUGAAAUCUCCCCGUAUGCCUUAUGCACUCGCCAUGAUCACUGUGUUAAUAUUAGACCAUGAUUCUAGAACUUAGAUUCAUUAUUUACUAUUUUUAUAUCCACUGAUAUAAAAGUUAAUUCAACCAGAGAUAUUGAAAACAAAUCAUUUAGCUUGAAGUUACUUUGUUUGAUAUUAGCGUGACAGUGGACCAAAGGGAAGCUUGUCUAUGCAUCACGCUCUGUCAUAAUGAACAUUUGUAUAUUCGUACAGAAACAGUGAAGAUCCUGAAACUGUGUAUUUGAUUGACAUGGUACUCUGUUUAGAAUUAGAAGUGGUUUUGUCUUUUUUAUUGUUUUAAAUCAAAAAGGGAAUUCAUGACGGGUCCAUGUUGCUUUGGAACGCCAUACCAUGUGCACUCAUAUAUACUGUAUUGGUUUAUUUUGAACAGUGUUGUUGAUUUUACAUCAGAGGUUAACCAAAGUCAUCUUGCCAGUGUAAUAUGUGAAGGGACGCUUUCAUAACCAAAGACUGUUAUUAGUGUCCUUCAUUUAAAUUCACAGAUGCUGUUGAAGAGUAUUGAUUUUGUGACUGUAUUGUGUGAUAGUGAUAUAUUUGAGUUUGUGUUAACCUAAUCAAACACCCAUCUAUGUUUAUUUUUAGGUUUUUUCAUUCAGGUUAAAUAUGCUGUAUCUUGAAGUGCUUGAAGCGAUUCAUCUGUACUUUUUUAUUGUUUGAAAUCUCUGGAUUUGUUAGAUUUUUGAGCACAAGGCAUGUGAAUCCAUUUUUAAAAUUGCUUCCUUUUACUAUUGUUUCAUCAACAUGUUUUGCGGGAUUUAUUUAGUUUGUAUUAAGUUUAAGUUGUGCUUUACUGUAAAAUGAACUGUUAUGACAGACAAUGUGGGAGGAUUAAAUCUUGCUGUAGUUUUAAUGUAGAAAUAAAUCAGAAUGCUUUCAAGUCAGAAAUAUUUUCAUUUUUGUUUUCCAUUGAUUACUACACAGGAUUGGUUUUCAGUGCUUGGCUUGUUGUGUAUGAAUAAAAUAAAGUUCUUGUCAUGCA